CCGCCUCUGUUGCAAGUCAGCUCGUGCGGGCUCCAGCAGAGUCUAGGGACCGAAGGGAGGUGAGACUUGGUGCCAGAGCGUGUGCUGAAUGUGGGUCGCAAGAAAGCGCCGCUGGGUUGUAGACGCUCCGAGUUCGGGCGCAGGGUGCCGAUCACAGGAGCUUGGUCGAUGUCGCCUGGGUGCUUGUCAGUGACAGGGAACGUGUGGAUUGCAUCUCUGUGUGCGCAUAGGGAGAAGAAAAGACACUCUGCUGAGUUUGAUAGCCAAGGGAGUAGCAAGGAGAUGGCAUUUGCACUCACAUCCCUGCGAUGUGCACAACAGGCGGGACGCUGGUGACGGCUGAGGCCAGGAGAGGUUUCACUCCACAUCAGCGAGAGAGAUUCAGCCCCUGACAAUGGUUAUUCUGUGUGAGUCAUGGCAAACGGGACUGGCACGAUCAUGUUGAAAUGUGUAGUUGUCGGUGACGGCGCCGUAGGGAAAACUUGCCUGUUAAUGAGCUAUGCAAACGACGCGUUUCCCGAAGAGUACGUGCCUACGGUAUUUGAUCAUUACGCAGUCAGUGUAAAUGUUGGGGGAAAACAAUACUUGUUGGGACUGUAUGACACAGCUGGUCAGGAAGACUACGACAGGUUGCGUCCGCUCUCCUAUCCCAUGACCGACGUCUUCCUCAUCUGCUUCUCCGUGGUGAACCCCGCCAGCUUCCAGAACGUGCGGGAGGAGUGGGUGCCGGAGCUGCAGGAGUACGCCCCCAACGUGCCCUACCUGCUCAUCGGGACCCAGGUUGACCUGCGAGAUGACCCAAAGACCAUUGCCAAGCUAAAUGAUGUGAAAGAAAAGCCCAUUCCAACAGAACAGGGCCAGAAACUGGCCAAGGAGAUUGGGGCUUGCUGCUAUGUGGAGUGCUCUGCUCUGACACAGAAGGGGCUGAAGACGGUGUUCGACGAGGCCAUUAUCGCCAUCCUGGCGCCUAAGAAGGGCGCGCUGAGGAGACGCCUGGGGCCGCGCUGCAUCAACUGCUGCCUCAUCACAUGAGAUCACAGCGGGGCGCUAAUUCCAAGAACAUGGUUAAAUGAUACACCUGGCUACGUUCACCAACAGGAAGUGGUAAACCUGCUAAUAGAUAGCCCGCAGAUUCCGUUUAGUUCAGAAAAAUGAGGACUCUUCUAUUAGAUGAUUUACCACAACCUCAAGAAGGGCGCGCUGAAGAGACGCCUGGGGCCGCGCUGCAUCAACUGCUGCCUCAUCACAUGAGAUCACAGCGGGUUUAGUCUCUCACCCGGGUAUGUUAACUCUGAGCAAGUGAAGAAGAGAAGAGGAGAGAGCAAGUGAAGAAGAGAAAAGAGCUGUCGGUCCUGUUUUUGAUUGAUGAAAGUCUCUUCUUUUAGGAGGUUUACAACUCACUCGGAGUUAACCUAGCUGGGUUAGUCACUCAUUGUUUUUUUUUUAUAUAUUCCCCCUGAUCCCCAUUGAAGACUGGUGAAGAAGGGACAGAAGGGGAAUGACUGUUGGCCACAUCAUUUUCAGAAAACAAAAUUAAACUUUACAAAAAGCUAGCAAAGGCAUGCCAUUGCAACACGUUUACACAAGGGGAAAAAAGGUGUGUGUGGCACCUGGAAGAUGGUGAAGGGGAUUGCAGAUGG